AUGGCGGAUGACGAUCAGGACAUUUUCGACUCGCUCGAGCGCGAAGCGUCGGAAUUCACCAAGGUAAAUUACCUCUUAGCUCUACUACGCGACUCUGCUAACGCGCAAUUCCAGGAUGCGGAGAUCGACCGCAUUCGCAAGGCGUUCUCUCUGGACUCCUACGCCGUGUUAGAUCUACAGCCCGGUGUACCAGAGAAAGACAUCAAGAUGCAAUACCGCAAGAAAUCCCUGCUCAUCCAUCCGGACAAAACCAAGAACCCAGCCGCCCCCGAUGCUUUCGACCGUCUUGCCAAAGCCCAAACAGCUUUGUUGGACGAGAAGCAGCGUACCUACCUCGAUGAGUGUAUUGCAGACGCACGAAGGCUAUUAAUUCGCGAGCACAAGUAUAAUUUGGACUCACCAGAGCUGAAAACCGAGGAAUUCAAGGUAGAGUGGCGAGCCAAGACCAUUCACGUGCUGUUGGAAGAAGAAGCGCGUCGACGGAGACAGGCAAAAGCGCGCUUGCAGGAAGAAGGAAGAGAAGCGCGCAAGGAAGAAGAAGAGCUGGAAGCGCGGAAACGAAAGCGCGACAAUGAUAAGGCGUGGGAGGAGAGUCGCGAAGAGCGGAUUGGGACUUGGCGGGACUUCCAGAAGGGGCGCAAACCUGGUGAUGAGAAAAAGAAAAAGAAGAAGAUGAAGGUGCUUGGAUAA